AUGUCCGAGAUAGAGAAGGAAUUCCCUCCUCCCCAAGAGGCCACCGUCGACAUAUCCUCAGGCCAAAUGGAGGAGCGCCGCAUGGAAAUCCGCUUCAACAUCUGGAGCACCCUCGGCCUCGUCUACAGCACAACCGCCACCCCGAUCGCAGUCGGAAGCUAUCUCACAUUCAGCCUAGAGCUCGGCGGAAGCCCGUUCUACAUCUACACGUACAUCUUCGCAGUCACGCUGAACAUCGUCCUGUGCACCGCGCUCGCCGAGAUCGCGGCCGUGUUUCCGCAUCCAAGUGGCCACAUCUACUGGAUCGGCAAGCUCGUCCCACAGCACCACGUCAACGUCCUCAGCUACUGCACCGGCGCCCUCACCUCCGCAGCAUGGUUCCUCUGGACCGCAGGCACAUACCUCCUCACAGCGCAGAUCCUAACGGCCGUGGCAAUGGCCCUGCACCCCUUGUACACCGCGCAGCCAUGGCACCUCCUGCUCAUCUCCUGGGCGCAGGCGCUCUUAGCGAUCGCCUGGAACAUCCCGCUCUUCAAGACCCUCCCGGCAGCGCUAAAGAGCAUGGUGUUCCUCACGAACGCGGGCGUCCUCUUCAUCGCACUCGCGCUGCUGGUCCGGACAGCCCCCAAACAGUCCGCGCACGACGUCUUCGCAGCCGUGCUCAAUAACUCCGGCUGGCCGUCCGAUGGCGUCGUCUUCUUCCUCGGCUUGCUCCCCGGCACAACAGCCAUAAACGGGUUCGAUGCCGCCGCGCACAUGGUCGAGGAGAUGUCCCAGCCCGCGAGGCAGGUGCCGCAGGUCAUGUUUGCUGUAUGUGCUUGUGACGAUUGUGGCGGCGACGGCUGUGACGACGACGGCGAGCCGUGUGGUGUGGUCGUUUGCGACGCAUCGGGGGCUGCCGUUUUGGCGCUGGCUUGA